ACUUCGCUUCCGCCUUCAGUGUUCUCGCUGUGUCAUGUGGAUGUUAACGACCCAACCUGACAGGCGUUGGGCUUGAAGUCUCCUCCGCGACUUAACUUAUCCAGAAAUCUCUGUCGGGGGUCUAAGGGGCCAAAGACCGGUGUCCGGUGGGAGCCAAUGGCGGACGGGGAACGGUCACCGCUGCUAUCCGAGCAGCACGACGGGACCAACGGCUUCUCUCCCGGUGUCAGCUCGCAUGGAUAUCCGUCAAAACCGCACAGUUUGGCGCCGUUCUCCAGCUCGGUGGUAACAGGUGAUCCUCCACCCCCCUAUUCCCCACAGGGCAGCCCGGACAGCAGCAGCGCUCCGGUCAUCAGCUGCCGGGUCUGUCAGAGCACCAUAUCUGUGGAGGGAAAGACGCACCAGCAUGUGGUGAAGUGCAGCAUCUGCAACGAAGCUACGCCGAUAAAGAACGCUCCUGUUGGAAAGAAGUAUGUCCGCUGUCCAUGUAACUGUCUUCUGAUCUGCAAAGUCACGUCGCAGAAAAUCGCCUGUCCAAGACCGUACUGUAAACGGGUCAUCAACCUGGGACCAGUUCAUAUCAGCAAUGACAGUCCUGAACCGCAGCAUCAGCCCGUCGGCAUCAGGAUCAUCUGUGGGCACUGCUCUAAUACAUUCCUGUGGACUGAGUUUUCAGACCGGACCUUGGCCCGAUGUCCACACUGCCGAAAAGUCUCUUCUAUUGGUCGAAGGUACCCCAGGAGGAGGAGCCUGCUGUGUUUCCUGCUGUUUGUGGUCCUCGCUGCCUCCACUGCAGGACUUAUGGUCGGGACGUGGACUCCCGCCCAGACCUCUAAAGGGAUCUACGUUUCGUGGGUGCUGCUGAUCCUGCUCGUUCUGUUCACCAUGGCAAGAGCCAUCCACUGGUGGUGUCUGAAAAUCAGCGACCCCAUAUCCAACAUCACGUAGAGAGAGAGAGAAGGAGAGAUUUCUAAAAUCAUGUCUUCUUCGGCAUCACAAACUGGGGAUGGUUGUUACACGUGUGCAAAGAAGUUUGGUAAGAUAAAGGGAGAACAAAAAAGGGUAGUUCGAGAUGAAGGCGGACAGAUAUAUAGGCGGGACUAAAGAGAGCAAUACAAAAAUGUAUUUCAAAUCAUUUGUUUUUGACCCAGUAGUUUAUUUUAAGGCCUGAUGGAGCUUUUUGUGGAGCAAUUAAAGUGGCCAGCUGCUGUUCAAAACAAAAAAAAAAUGUUGGUGCCCCAAAAUCACAAAGAAUCAGAGGAAUAAAAAAUAAUUAAAGUAAUAAGAUUCGGGUAAACACAGUUUAUCAGUUGAGCAGUGAUUUGCAUGGAUAGAUUGAGGUGUUAAUGCAGAGAAGAGAUGGGGUGUUUUAGUCAGACUUUAAGUUAUAUAAUUAUACUGAAUGGGGGUAAAAACAAUUAUUAAUCUUCAAAUCAAUCAAACUGCUCACAAUGGAGGGAAGAAACGAGAGCUGCUUAUUUUUGUUAUUUUUUAAAUUAAAUUCCAAUCUUUUACUUAACUUAAUAUUCUCAUUCUCCUCAAGUUCCCCACCACUGAAUCCCACGUUACUGCUUCCAACGUAAUAAGUAACUAGAAAAUAAAAUGAAAGAUGCUCCUUUUUUAAAGGAAUAUUUUGACAUAUUAGGAAAUGGUCAUAUUCGCUUGCAGGGAGUUAGAUUUAAAGCCCCCCUCCAGUGUAUUUUGACAUUUCUGUGAUAUUUCAUAUUUUUCUGAGUCAUUUCCUUACAAUGUUGAUUACCCACAUAGUUCGCCAAAUAUUUUUUGACAAAUGGCUUCAUUUUGUGCUCAAAGUUGCAAAAGUUGCUUAGUUGUUAAAACGGGGUGGUGUCGUAUGACUAUAUUCAAAUUGGAGUCAAUUUAUUUUGAUGAGCAUUAACGCGGGAGAACAGAAAUUGCCUGUCAAGUUUUCCGGUAAAAUACAAAUGGCCAAAGCAACAGUGUUUGCUUUCUGCUUAGCAUCAAUGAGCAGGGUUUGGUAAAUCCACAAUAUAUUUAUCAUGUAAACGUCUUACCAACAACAAAGACUGAAAACAUCUGUACUGGAACAAAAUAACCCCAUGUGCUCAUAUCAUUUAAAUACAUUUUAUGUAAGGAACUAAAUUUGUUUUUGUUUUAUAUGACACAGGGCAUUUGCAUUAAAGUAACUGCUGUAAAUGGUAAUUCACACAGGAAGGUGGGAGAAAAUGCUGCUAAUUUGAUGAGAUAUUAUUUAAAACAUGAUUUUAAGUAUAAAAAAAGAGACAACAAGCAAAACCUAACAGGUGAACAGCUGGUAACAAAGAUAACAUGCAUAACAAGAUGAGGAUGUACUAAAGGCAAUAGAGAAUGUACAUGGGGAAAUGUAUGAAUCAAUGGCAUUAAUUCAGAGGAAGUGGCACCAUUUUCAGUGUUCAGAUCAUCUCACAGGGAUUUUGGGGGAAUUUGAUUUAUUUUACUCAUGUUUUGUUUCAUUUCAUAAUUACUAAGUGUUAAUAUUUCCAAACUGGACUGCAAAUGUGUGAACAUAUCAUAACAUGUAAGAUUUCAGAAAACUACUGUUCAUAAUCCGCUAAAUGCUUUUUAACUAAAACCCAAAGCUGCCAUUUUACCUGUUUUGAUAAACAUCACUUGAAGUGCACACACAGGAAAUGAUUUAUUUGUUUAUUUAAUUUCUCUCUUUUUAACUCCCAUCUGUCUUAUUUGAAUCAAACUGAGUUGAGCUGACACACUAAUAAAAAUAUCUUUCUCUGUUGAAGUGUAAAUAUAUGUUCAGUUGGAUGUUUAAUAUUCUGGACUGAAGAAUAUCAGAGCUGUUGCUUCCCCCUUGUGGCUGAUUAAUGUAAGUACCCGCUGACUGUGAAACAUGUUGCACUACUCCGUACUGAUGAUGUACUACUACUGUAUGUUUUUGUCAGUAUUAUAUCGGUGGAUGGAUUGGUUUCUUUUUUGUAUAUUGUGAAACAAAAUAAUACUUUUAACAAGGUC